AUGUCAUUAUUAAAUCCAUCACGGACAGUCAGAGGUCUACUAUACAAGAAUAUAAUCAGACCCCGGUUCCAACUUCGACAUUGGCAAAGACCAGCAGCUAACUUGAGAUUUAAGUCAACGAGUAGCAGGAAUACUCAACUUUUGAAGAAUUUGUCGGAGCAAAAUCAUGAUAGUACAUUAGACGAAGAUAAAGCAACCGUUCCUCCCAGACCAGAAGAAGAAUUGAAUCUGGAUUCAUUAGCUCAUCAUACCACGUAUAUUUAUAACAAAUUGAAACCCAUAACACCAAAUGAUUUAUAUGUAUCUUGUACUACAUUUGAUAAAAGUGGGAAUAUUACAGCAAUAUCGAAAAAAUACCCUAAAAUGAAAUUUUUGAAAGAGAAUAACCUAUUUCCCCGUGAUUUACGUAAAAUUGAUACUUCUUCAAUCGAUGUGGUUCCUCAAAUCAUGGUUCGCUCUUCAAACGCAAUCCUUAUCAACUUACUUCAUAUAAAGGCCAUUAUUAAAAAAGAUUCCGUAAAAGUUUUUGAUACAUCAAACCCUUCCAUCGCCACUAAAUUAGGAUUAUUCAUGUAUGACUUGGAAAUGAAAUUGAAAAUGCCAGGUGCGGUUGGUUCUGUAAAUCCUUCAGGUCAUUCUGUUUACGAGUUUAGAGCUUUAGAAAGUAUUUUGAUCAGCACCAUGUCCUAUUUAGAAGCAGAAUUUAAAACUCAUCUGAGCCAAUGUGGAAUGAUUUUAAGUGAAUUGGAAGACCAAAUUGAUAGAAAUAAGUUACAAGAUUUAUUAAUAAAACUGAAAAAACUUACAAGUUAUUAUCAAAAAGCUGCCUUGAUUAGAGAUGUGUUAGAAGAAUUAUUAGAAAAUGAUGAGGAUUUAGCCGGAAUGUACUUGACAAACCCAAAAGUAUACAACCCUUCAACUAGUUCAAACGAAGACGACUUUGAAGAUUUAGAAAUGAUUUUGGAAUCUUACUACAAUCACUGUGAUGAAUUUGUCCAACAAGCAGGAUCACUUAUUAAUGAUAUCAAAGCUACUGAGGAGAUUGUAAAUAUCAUUUUGGAUGCUAAUAGAAACUCAUUGAUGUUAUUCGAAUUAAAAGUAACGAUUUAUACCCUUGGAUUCACAGUAGCAACUCUUCUUCCUGCUUUUUAUGGUAUGAAUUUAAAAAAUUACAUUGAAGAAAGUAACUACGGAUUUGGUGCAGUGGUUGUAUUUUCUGUUAUUCAAGGUUUAAUGAUUAUAAUCAUGAAUUUUAGAAAACUUUCAAAAGUUCAAAAAUUAACCAUGAUGGGUGGACAUGGUCAUUUACAUUAUGAUUCUGGUCGCUCAUUGAAAAAUGCAAAAAAUUGGUUUUCUAGAAGACUGUGGUAUAGAAUUCUUUAUGGAAGAAGAACAAGAUAUGACAGACCAACCUCCAAAGAGAAAGAUGUUAUUUGGAGAAUGAUCAAUAAUGAUAGACAUCUGAGAUGA